AUGGCUAGACAUUCUGGGACUUCAGAAGGUCCAAAAAAAAGAGGUAGAACCGAGUUAAGGUCGAUUAGACGUCCUAAUCGUUCCCAACAUUCCAAACACGAUCAACAAGUGGUUCACGAAUCUGAAAAUGAAGAUUCUUUAGAGAGUUCUUCUGAUGAUGAUGAAGAUAUCGCUCAAGCUGAGGCUGAAAAUUCUGAUAGAAAGGAAAAAGUUUAUGGUGCUCUUCUUACUAUUUUGAAUUCUGAGCACCCUGAAAGAAAGAAACAUAAAUCUCACUCUACAGAUUUUGUAAAAGAAAUCGAUGAGCAAGAAGAAAUAGAACAAGGUAUGGCUUCUGAAAGUGAAGAAGAGGACGAGGAAAAUGAUGAAGAAGAAAGUAAUGAGGGUGAUGAAGAAGAGGAGGAGGAACCAACUGAUCAAUUGGAUACUUUUGAGUCACAUUUCAACGAUGUUUCACAAGAUCUAGUAGAUGAUAUAUCAGCUGGUUUUAAAGACAAGCAGAUUAAAUAUAAAUCUAUGAAAUAUUCUUUGGACAAAAAAGAAUCAGCUAUUUUUGGUAAACCUCUUCUCCUGACCCAACAAGACGAAACAAUAGACAAUCCGGUUUUGACUUCAUCAUAUGAUUCAUAUUUUAUCAAGCAAAGAUUAAAGAUCCAGAACGACUUGUUGGAUUCUUCCAAAGAGAACUUGACUCCAUUGAAAAAAAAAUUAUUAGAUCCAAUGUUUCAGUAUAAAGAUGUUCUAUGUGAAUAUACAAAUUACGAAAAUGAUGAAAAAGAAUACAGAGAAUUAUAUUCUUUGCAUGUUUUAAAUCAUAUCUAUAAAACAAGAGAUAAAAUUUUGAAGGAUAAUCAACGGUUACAGGAAAAUGACGACUUAGAAUGUUUGGAUCAAGGUUUCACUAGGCCGAAAGUUUUAAUUGUUGUCCCUACUAGAGAUACCGCCUAUCAAGUUGUCGAAACAAUAAUUGAAAAAUCAGGUUUAGACCAAAUUGAUAAAAAAGGUAAAUUUAAAGAUCAGUUCUUUGAUGAUUCUUUACCUCCUACAUCUAAACCUAAAUCAUUCCGCCAUGUUUUCAAGGGUAACACAAAUGAUUUCUUCGUUUUAGGUAUGAAGUUUACUAGAAAAGCUAUUAAACUUUAUAGUAAUUUUUACCAAUCUGACAUUAUAAUUUGCUCUCCAUUGGGUAUCCAAAUGAUAUUAGAAAACACAGAUAAGAAAAAAAGACAAGAUGAUUUCUUGUCAUCAAUCGAAGUCAUGAUCGUCGACCAAUUGCAUAGUAUUGAAUACCAAAACAUAUCUCACGUUUACACAAUUUUGGAACACAUAAAUAAAAUUCCUCAACAACAACGUGAAGCUGAUUUCAGUAGAAUUAGGAUGUGGUAUAUCAAUGACCAAGCUAAAUUUUUAAGACAAACAAUGUUAUUUACUAGGUAUAUUUCUCCAACUGCCAAUGCAAUUAUCAAUGGUAAGUGCCAUAACAUGGCAGGUAGAUGGAAAAAUAACCAGAUUAUUUCUUCUGAGGAUUCCAGCAUUGGUCAAUUAGGAAUAAAAAUAAAGCAGAUCUUUCAGAGAUUUGAUUUAGUUGGAGGUACCGUAGUGGAUGAAUCAGAUUACAGAUUUAAAUAUUUCACUAGUGUGGUAAUGCAAAAUAUCGUUAAAUCAACUGGUUAUGAAGAUGGUAUACUUGUCUAUAUCCCAGAAUACACAGAUUAUAUGAGAUUAAGAAACUACAUGAAGGAAAAAACAACUAUUUUAUUUAGUGAAAUUAAUGAAUAUUCUACCCAAAAACAAUUAGAUUCAAAUAGAUCUAUGUUCCAACAGGGUAGAACAAAAGUUUUGUUGUAUACUGAGAGAUUACACCAUUAUAGACGUUAUGAAUUGAAAGGUAUUAAAAGUGUAAUAUUUUACAAGCCACCAACUAAUCCUGAAUUUUACAACGAGGUGAUUAGAUUUACUGCUAAGAACGCAUUCUUAGGCAAAUCUGACAUAAAUAUUUCAACGAUAAGAACAGUUUACAGCAAGUUAGAUGGUUUGGCUUUACAACGUAUUGUAGGUUCCAAAAGAGCUGCGAUCUUGUGUCAUGGCCAAAAUGAAUCUUACGACUUCAAAUAA